AUGUUAGUCAUUGGGGAUGAGAUCAAUUCACUUGGAUUUGAGGUCAUCUCUACAAAGUCUGAGCACAGACCUGCUGCGGAGUGCACGAGGAUCCUCAGGGUGUACAGAAAUGGGCUGCUCCAUCUAAAAGAGGGAUUUCGGGAGGAAGCACGCAGUAAAGGGAAUGUGACUCCUACCAAACUUCCCCAUGGCACUGCAGAAAUAUGUGACAAAGGGAAUAUGACUGCUAGCACUGCUUCUUAUGUCCAGCCUGGAACCAGUAUCACCCUCUCAUGCCAGCUGAACCCCCUGCGAUACACUGACCAGUGCAGGAUAGCUAUUUUCUUUAACAGCUCUGAACUAAUUAGCAAUCAUGGCAGUUCAGUAAGCACCAAGUUUCUAGUCCAUACAUAUGGCAAACACAUGUUUACGUGCAAAACAGUUUGUGAAUACAUGAAAAAACUCAUUUGUGGAAUCGAUAUAGAAUCUGGAAAUCCUCCAGAUGAGCCAAGAAAUGUGUCGUGUAUCCAGUAUGGGACAGAUGGUCAUCCCACCUGCACCUGGGAUAAAGGAAGGCUCACAUACAUCAACACUACAUAUGUAAUACAGCUAUCAAAUGGGACGGAUGUCUUAUGUGUUCCAGAAGAAAGUUUGAAUAAGACUUUUGGCUCACUGGCUCUGAGCAAGUUGAAUUUUGGCUCUACUUACACCGUUGUGGUUGCCGCCUCCAAUGAGCUAGGAAGUGCUCUUUCACAGCCACUCGUGUUCAUGUUAAUAGACAUAGUGAAACCACAUCCUCCCAACUUUCUAGUGGAAUGUGAAAAUUCUUCUGCAACCAACUGCACCUUUUUUUGGCAUGAUGAAGCACAAGCACAGCAUUGCAGACUGAGAUACCGUCCACUUACCAGGCCCACCUGGAGCACGGUUGAAAGCUUAAACAGUGAGAAAUGCAGUCUUUAUGGUCUGGAGCCUCAUACAGCCUACGAGUUUCAGCUCAGCUGUAAAAUUCACCCAGAGCGAGGACUGUGGAGUAACUGGCACGCGUACCAAACCCAGACUCCAGAAGCAGUGCCGACCGGGCUCCUGGACGUCUGGUACCGACAGCAAGACGUGGACUCUCAACAGCAGAACAUCUCUCUUUUUUGGAAGGCUUUAAGCAAGUCGGAGGCGGGAGGAAGAAUCCUGCGGUACACAGUGACCUUCAAAGCCCUGGACCAGCGGAGACCCCCAGCAGGAGAAGCACACGUUACUACCCAAACCAGCUACACCAGAGUCAUGCCAAGGGUGGCCUACAAGAUAACAGUCACUGCCGAGAACUCAAGGGGCAGGUCCCCCCCUGCAUCCAUCGUGACCAACCUGGGCAUCCAGGACCUACCUCCUCCUCAGAAAGUCUCUGCCCUAGCCCUGGGAAAUAACAGCAUCCUCAUCAGCUGGGAACCCCCUGUCAGAUCAACAGCAUGCAUCAGUGGAUAUGUAGUGGAGUGGGCAGACACACAGGGGAACACACGCCUGGAGCCCCACCCAGCGUGGGUAAAGCUUCCAGCAUCCAACCUGUCCACAGUGAUAGCAGAGAACAUAAAAGAUAACGUGUGCUAUCAGAUCAGUGUAUUUGCACUCUAUCAGGACAGAGCUGGACAAGUGGCAUCAGUUAGGGGACACUCGGGAGCAAAAGCACCAUUAGCUGGGCCCCAGAUGUAUACAACACCACGGGCAAACAGCAUCUUAGUUUCAUGGGAAGAAAUCCCUGCCCACGAGCAAAUGGGCUGCAUCACCGGGUACCAUAUAUACCUGCAGAAAAAGGACAGGGAGGAAGCCCCAGACAUCUACGCCACUUCCAACGUGACUGCCCAGCGCUCAUUGUAUGUCACCAACCUGCAGCCCGGUGAGCACUACGCCCUGUGGAUGACAGCAUUGACGGCUGCUGGAGAGGGGCCCUGGGGCAACACCGAGCUUGUCUACUUGGAAAGUGCUGGGGACUGGAUGACUGUUGUGCUUACCUGCAGCUUCUUCAUCUUCUCAGCCUGCAUUUGUUCUAUGCCUCCAGCAAGAAAAGUAUUACACUCGCUCCUCUCUGCACUUAUGCCACAGUGGCAGAGCAAAGCCAUUCCAGACCCAGCUAAUGCUACAUGGGCCAAGAACUACAUGUCUACAAAGGCCGAGCUGAGCUUCCCCUCCACCCUGUUCCUGCACAGCACCAGCAGCUUUGAAGAGCCCAAAACAACAGAAGUAGAGGAAGCCUUUGUGAAUGCUGACACCCUGGCCCUCAAGGACAAGCUUGUCUUCAGCAGCAUUGGCAGCAGGGGAAACGAUGACUGGCAUGAGGAGCCAGAGUAUAAGCCCCUGCCCAGCACAGCAGAGGUUUAUGAGCAGCAGCUUCCCGACCUCUACAAGAGGAUAGUGGUGGAGGUGACGGAGCACACACAGACCAUUUCCGAGUACAUCACCAAUCCCAUCACCAACAAAGCCACCGCAUACCUACCCCUGGUUACAGGCACUACUGAAGACCACCCUGAACUCGAGUGCAAUCCACUCCCCAUCUUCCCAACAACUUUUCUGACACCCGCACUUUCCUAUGAAGGGAAUCUUACUUUGGAUACGGUGAGAAUAAACUGCAGCUCUUUCACAAGGUAGUCAGGGUGAUGUAAGCCUGGCCUGAUUUUUUUGCACUUUACUGAAGUAUUCCAGUGUUUCAGGACAGCCAGUCCAGUAACUUGCAUGUGACGCCUUUAAGUAAUAAAAACCCAACUCACCAACCUUUUCAGCACUGCAAGUCACACCUUACUGUACAAUGAAACGGCUCCACGUCCACCCAGCACGCUCAGGUAGAAUUAAAGACAGAAGAUCAGGAAUCCCAGAGCUGUGUGGCCCAGCUUCUGAAGAGGUUAAUUGCUCAGGUGCCUUCAUGCAGCCUGGGUUGCCUCAGGCUCCUGUCCCACUGCCUGAUCACGAGUGGGUCAGCCUGGUUUGGUCCACCCCAGGAAUCAGAUGUACUAACCAUAAUUUUAACUGUCGCUUGGCCAGGAAGAGCAAGGAGUUACACCGGAGUCAGACCUCAGCAUCCCAGCCCCAGGGGACCACACUGCAGGCUUUGCUCCUCCAGCUGCAUGCAGCAGGUUAGCAAUGCAACACGGGGACACCUGCAUCCGCUGGUGCUGAACUUAACACCCACCAGCCCACAGGCCAUAUUCCUCACUGCAGCCCCAGUACUGGCACUAAGUCACACUGUCCCUGGUGAUGCUGGUGCUACAGCUUGCGUGGGUACCGAGAGCCACGGCUGCAGCAGGGCUGGCAGUUAGCCAGGGCCAGCCUGCCUUCAUGGCUCAGUUCAGGAAAGGAGAAACCCUCACCAGAAAUAAAAGCAACAGGCAGCGCAUGGAUGCAGUAAGUCAAAUGGACUGGUGAGAAGAAUUUAAAUCAUUUAUUGAAGUAUUUUAAUUACAGGUUUGAAGUAUGUGUUACACAUCUAAUGACUUUGUUUACUAUAUGUGUGUGUAUAUAUAUAAAUAUUAUGUUGGAAACCUGA